CCAGCAACAUCGAUAUUUUCAAACACUCCCUAUUCUUAAACGCUCGGGUUCCUGGGCUGCUGUGCGGCUUUUAUUCAAAAAUCACCAUUCCGGAGAGCAACCUGAUCCGAUCAGUACACGGGCAUUUCACAACGAGGGCCACCGGUUGUACAGAUGCUGGGUUGAGGGCAGUGGGCUUACAGGGCCAGUUAUGGCUCAUGGAAACAGGCCAGGAAUCAUCUCCAAAAUACUGGCCCCCAGCCCUCUGUCGUGCCCUGGUCCAGGACUCAUUAAACAGAGCCAAGAGGAGCGGCGCAGUCUGGUGAGGGAGGCAUCCGAACAACCACCGAGCACCUUGAAGGAUGAUAACAAUGAGCAGCUGACUCCUCCUGUCCCUGAGAGCCAGUAUUACAUGAGCUGUGACCCCAGUCCUGAGGACAUGGAGGACACCUGCUCGGAGUACGACAACGUGGGCUCCGACGUGGAGCAGGAUUAUGACGAGGUGCUGCAUUUGAACAGAGAGGGUGUGGUGGACAUGAGGUAUUACAAACAGUACCCUCCUGAAGGUGGUAGCUUUAUAAAACAUGCUUUAGGUGAGGAUGUCAAUGAGAACAGCAGUGAUCAGUACAUGCAAAGGCCUCGGCAUGUCACAGAGGUAUGUGAGGGAUCACAAGCAGAUACUAAAGCUCAUAAGACAGGCCAUCGCUUUAGGUCACAUUGUGCUCCUGCUGCUGGGGAUGAAGCAGCUAGAGAGGUGGGGAAAGGGCAGGAGAACAGGUUCUUCUUCAGUGAUGGAGAUGAGAUAGAGGAGGUGCUGGAUGGAGCCAAGUUUAUUGAGGAUUUAGAGGAGCCUGAUGAGAGCGUUCAAAGGCAGACUGUAGUUUGUCAGGACAAUGAGAAUGAAAGAAUCAGAAAGGGAGCACAGGAAAGGGGAAAAGAGGAUGACACUCAAGUUGUGAUAAACCAAACUAUCCCAGGAGCUGCUAAGAAGUGUGAGCCGCCUCAUGGGGGUGCAAAGGAGAAAGAAAGGCAGGGGAAAGGCCGGGGGAGGAGGGCAGCAGGAGAGGACGGGGAGCAUGCUGUCUCUGGGAUCAAAGGCUGCUCCACAAAUAGCACUGACCAGCGUCCAAAGACUUCCUCAAAGGACUGUAAAAAAUUCGCUGUACGCUCUAAAACUAGAUCCACUUCCAGUAGGCAGCAUCCCCCUGCACCUCCUCGCCAGGCCAGCGCCCAGUCACCUACAGACACCCAGAAGGCCCCGUCGCGUAGAGACCCCCCUCCAGUUCCCAGACCCUGUCCCGCUCCUCCAUCUAUCAGCCGGGAGAGCGACACCAGGGUUAUCAAACCAUCACUCGCUCCUCUUCACACACCAGAGCAACAGAGGGAGACUCCUGAGGAGAAACAGAGACGACCAGAGAAACUCCAGCAGAUUGAGAAGCCAGUGACUGCUGCUGCUGUUAUACCUGAGGAGGUGCAGGAGCCGCCACAGAGGCCUCAGUGUCCUGAGCUCGCCCCUGCAGAGGAGAGCAACACAGCCCAGACACAGGAAGCUGCUGCUUUCCCCAGCUUUGAGGAUGUCCCAGGUCCCUGUGAGCCAGAGGAUCUUAUCGAUGGGAUCAUCUUUGCUGCAAACUACCUUGGCUGCACUCAGGUGUUGUCAGAUAAAAACCCGUCCAAGUCUGUCCGUAUGUCGCAGGCCCAUGAAGCUGUCAGUCGUAUCAAGAGCCAGGAUGAAGACUCUCAGAUGAUGACUGAAGUAGACCUGUUUAUCUCCACAAAAGCUGUCAAAGUCCUGAAUGCUGACACUCAGGAGACAAUGAUGGACAGCGCCCUGCGGACCAUCUCCUACAUCGCUGACAUUGGCAGUAUUGUGGUUCUGAUGGCACGUAGGCGCAUGUCUCAGGCCUCUUCAGAGGAUUUCUCUGAAUCUGCAGACUCUUCCAGUGAUGGGAAGAAUCAGUACAGGAUGAUCUGCUACGUCUUUGAGUCAGAGGAUGCGCAGCUCAUCGCACAGUCCAUUGGUCAGGCCUUUAGCGUGGCCUACAGAGAGUUCCUGCGAGCCAAUGGCAUCAACCCGACCGACCUGAGCCAGAAACAAUACAGUGACAUCAUCAACUCCCAGGAAAUGUAUCACGAUGACCUGGUUCAUUUCUCAAACUCAGACAACUGUAAAGAGUUGUAUGUGGAGAAGCAGAAAGGAGAGAUCCUCGGUGUGGUGAUCGUGGAGUCUGGUUGGGGUUCCAUUCUGCCCACUGUCAUCCUGGCCAGUAUGCUGAAUAGUGGCCCUGCAGCUCGCUCUGGAAAACUCAGUGUUGGGGACCAGAUUAUGUCCAUCAACGACACCAGCUUGGUGGGGCUGCCACUUGCCACCUGUCAGGGCAUCAUUAAGGGUCUGAAGAAUCAGGUGAAGGUAAAGCUGAGUAUCGUGAGCUGUCCUCCAGUCACCACCGUUCUCAUCAAGAGACCUGAUCUAAAGUUUCAGCUUGGCUUCAGUGUGCAGAAUGGCAUUAUCUGCAGUCUGAUGCGAGGGGGUAUCGCCGAGCGAGGCGGUGUUCGUGUUGGACACAGAAUCAUUGAGAUAAACGGUCAGAGUGUUGUUGCCAUGGCACACGAGAAGAUUGUUCAAACCCUGUCUGUCUCAGUGGGUGAGAUCAACAUGAAGACGAUGCCCGCUGUAAUGUUCAGGCUGCUGACGGGACAGGAGACGCCUAUCUACAUCUAAAAGACCCUGCAUGGAUUGGCCCGCUGUAGUUCUGCAUGUCUGGCUGUGUGGAGGUGACGGACAGAUGGCAGGUGGCUCAGUGGGAACAAGGAGAGUUUAUUUUUCUAUCAUUUUAUUUUUUCGGCCUCCUGUUGCAGUGCUGUAAAGAACAUCCAGUUCUCAUUUUCAGGUUUUCUCUUGAAUUACAUUGUCAUAAUGGCCUUACAAUGUGAAUACUCUGUCUGUAGUUCUGUGCGUGAGUGUCUGCUGUUGAAGAGAAGUAGCUUUAAGGUCAUGAUUAUUUUCUUAUGAAGAGAUAAAUUAGUACAUUUAUUUUUUAUUUAGUCAUUUUUAUAAUGUGUAUGGGGUUAAAAAAUGUACCUACUGUAAAUACUUUGGAUUACUCAAGGACUUGGUUGGAAAGGCCAUAUUACUCCUACAGUAUAUGCAUGUUAUUAAGAGGAAAUACCGACCAGGGAUUAAUUAUCAAUCUGACAUGAUAAUCUAUCACAGUAAGUAGUAAAAGAAGCUAAAAUAUGCUGUAAAAAGCACUAUGUGUAUUAUGGUGAUGCUGAAGGCCAAAGACUCUCCUACUUUUCAAAGACAUGCAGUAUAGGGGAUCCUUACCUUUACUGGGAUGUACAGUACAAGAAUGUAUUAAAAUAUACAUUACUGAAUGAAUGUAAUGUUAUACCAC